AUUUGUUCUCUGUUUCAUUGUCAGUCUUGAUUCCACAAGGCUGGCACGUCACAGGUCGGAGCCAGCAUGGAAGUAAAGACCUUCCUCGUGGUGAUCCUUACCGUGUUCGCUGUCGAGGCCAAAUCUGUACCAGAACGAAGGGCAGAGAAGAGGUCCUCGAUAUGUUACGGUGAUAUUGGAUGCUUUAGUACAGGCGGCGCCUUUACAAGCCUCUACCGACCCCUGAGCAUAACACCACAGUCCCCACAAUCUGUCAACCCCCGCUUCCUGUUGUUUACGCGCCAAAAUCCCGCAACCGGAAGCCACCAGUUCUUGGCUUACACAAACACGGCCGGGAUUCAGGAGUCAAAUUUCAAGGGAUCGAGGCCGACAAAAGUAGUCAGCCAUGGUUUCCUGGAGAAUGGUUUUGCUGAUUGGUUAAUGAAAAUGAAGGACGAGCUAUUGAAGAAUGGAGACUACAAUGUUAUCCUCUUGGACUGGGGUGGUGGUUCCGGUAUUCCGUACACACAGGCCACCGCCAACACCAGGGUCGUUGGCGCGGUCCUUGCAAAACUUAUCGAAGCGCUUCAGACCGUAGCGUCUGCUCGGGCCGAAGAUUUCCACCUGAUUGGCCACAGUCUUGGCGCCCAUAUAUGCGGUUACGCAGGAGAAAGGACACCCAAUCUUGGUAGAAUCUCAGGGUUGGAUCCCGCUGAUCCCUAUUUCCAGUACACCGACAAGACAGUGCGUCUCGACCCAAGUGACGCCACGUUUGUGGACGUCAUGCACACCAAUGGGGCAAGCAUUCUCACGCUAGGUUACGGUAUGAAGCAGCCGUGUGGUCAUGUGGACUACUUUCCGAACGAGGGGCUCAACCAGCCGGGAUGUGACGCCAGCCCAGUCACCAAACUGCUGACAGAGGGAGACAUCUAUAAUGGAGGUAAGCAAAUUGUUGCUUGCAGCCAUCUGAGAGCCCACGACUAUUUCACGGAGUCCAUCAACAGUCCAUGUCAGUUCAGCGGCUAUUCGUGCCAGGACUACGCAAACUUUAAACGUGGUAUGUGCAUGCCCUGUUCCGGUGGCGGUUGUGGCUACAUGGGUUUCCAUGCCGACCGUGCAAAACCUUCCCAAGGAGUCAUCCAUAAGCAGUACUACUUGGAGACUGGCAAUACAGCGCCUUACUGCCGGUACCAUUACCAGAUAAACGUAGCGUUUGGAAGUCUUCCCUCUGCAAAAAUCGAACAGGGAACAGUGACUAUGAAUCUGAUUGGUUCCAAGGGACAGACCGGCGAUCAAUUGCUUACACACGACCCAAUAGAUAUUCAUGAAGGCCACACGUACGGAUUUAUGGCAACAUCACCCCACGACGUUGGUGACAUCUCACAAGUGACGUUUAGCUGGACUCUUGACUCUCAUUGGUACAAUCCCCUCUCAUGGAGUCUUCUCACGCGCCACUCCAUCCACGUCAGUUCCAUUGACGUCACCAGUGGCGUCACAAACACAAAGAAAAGAUUUUGUGGGUUUAACGAGGCAAUCGGCAGUCAGAUUUCGAAAACUGUUUCACGAACCUGUUAAUAUUGUUGAAACACACUUUAAGGAGUCAUUAAAAAGGAAACCGAA